AUGAAGCUUAGCCCUGGCGGCAAUCCAUCAAUGCAGCUCCUCACCCUUGCGCUCUAUGCGACCUGCGCCGCCGGGGGCUUCCUCCGGCGCUCCGGCGAACGCCUCACGCCGGAGGCGGCCGUGGCGGAAGUGGAGGCGCCGGAAGCGGAGGCUGUGCGGAAGCCGAAGACGGACCAGCGGCGGUACCACCACGAGGUCUGGUCCUCGGGGCUGUCGGUGCUGGUGGUGGAGGACCCCAACGCCCAGAAGUCCAGCUACGCCAUGGCGGUGGAGGUGGGGUCCUUGGAAGACCCGGAGGACUUCCAGGGCCUGGCGCACUUCUGCGAGCACAUGGUCUUCCUCGGCUCUAAGAAGUACCCGGCCGAGGACCAGUUCUCCGAUAGGUUGGCGUUCUAUGGGGGCCAGAACAACGCCUACACCUCAGCGGAUCAGACGGUGUACUAUGCGGAGGUGGAUGACAAGGGCUUUGACCAGACCUUCGACAUCUUCGCGCAGUUCUUCAUUGAGCCCACCUUCUCCGGCAACAUGGUGGACCGCGAGAUCAACGCCGUGGACUCGGAGCACAAGAAGAACAUGCCGGACAUCGGGCGGCGGCUCUUCCACCUCAUGAACUCCCGCGGCAACCCCGAGAGCCCCGUGAGCAAGUUCGCCACGGGGAACCUGAAGACCCUGAAGCUGGACCCCGAGAAGGCGGGCAAGAGCUUGCCCCAGGCGCUGAGGCGCUUUCACCAGGAGCACUACUGCCCCUCCCGGAUGCAUCUCGUGAUCAUGCGCAACGCCUCGGUGGCGGAGCAGCUGAAGGCGGCCCACCGGAGCUUCGACGUGCUGGGCCGGAAGCCCUGCCCGGCGCGGCCGGUCUACGACAAUGUCGCCGCGUUCAGUCGCGCCACGGGGACGUUGGGCCGGCGGCUGCUGGUGCACACCGACGGGGCGCCGCAGCUGUGGCUGAUGUUCCCACUGGUGUCGCUGAGGGGGCGGUACAAGGCACUGCCAGAGGCAUACAUCAACUACGCCAUGAGCCACUACGGUCCAGGCGGCCUGAAAGCCUUGCUGAAGCACGAGGACCUGUCGCUGCAGUACUCCACGAUGACAGAGACCACCCCAGCAGGCACCAACCUCUUCGUGAUCUUCUCCCUGACGGAGCAAGGGGCUUCCAAGCCAGAGGAGGUGGUGGAGCACUUCUUCGCGUACUUCGCGGCACUGAAGGCGAAAGGGGCGACCAAGGAGCUUCUGGAGAAGCUGCAGGCGAUGAACCAGGUGAUGUUCGACUACCAGGAGCCCUCCGCCUCGGAGUCCAGCUACGUGACGCAGCUGGCGGGGGCCCUGCCCUCGGUGAGGCCAGAGGACGUGCUGACCGGCGGGGUGCUGAUGGACGAGAUCAAUCUCACGCUGACCGGGCAGCUGCUGGAGGCCAUCCGCCCGCAGAACCUGAACCUGGCGCUGGCCACGCGGAGCUUCGACGCCUCGGCCGCGAGGCACGAGGAGUACUACGACUUUAACUACACGGAGGAGCCGCUGCCGGAGGCCCUGGUGCGCCGCUGGGCCUCAGCCAGCUCCGCGGCCCUGGCGGCGCCCCCGGCGCCGCGCUUCGUGCCCCAGGCGCUGGGCCUGAUCUCCGCGGAGCGGCGGAAGGUCCCGGACAAGCUGCAGUCGGAGCCGCAGCUCUGGUGGCUGGGCCUGGGGCGCUUCCAACUGCCCAAGGCGCAGCUGCAGCUGAAGCUGGGCUUCGACCGCUCUGUCGUGGGCACCGCAGCGCGCAGCGCGCUGGCGGCCGUGCACGCGCGCCUGGUGAAGCUGGCCCUGGAGGAGCCCUCGGACGCGUUUCAGAUGUGCGGCCUGGGCUACGGGGUGGCGGCGGCCAACGACGGGCUCAGCGUGUCGUUCUCCGGGUUCAACGAGCACCUGGUGGAACUCGUGCGCCUGGUGCUCCCGGUGCUUCGGCGGCCCAAAAUCUCGGCCGCGGACUUCGAGGUGGCCAGGCGCCAGCUGAUCCUCGACCUCGCGGACGUCACCGGGCAGCAGCCCUACCAGCACGCCAUGGAGGCGCUUGAGGUCGUCACUGUGAAGAACACCUUCUCCCGCGCCGCCACCCUGGCGGCGGCACGCGACGAGUGGGCGGUGAGCCUCGGGGAGCUGGGCGCGAUGUUGGACGAGAUGUUCGAGGAGCCGAAGAUCUCCAUGCUGGUCACCGGGAACAUCGACCAGGACGAGUCCAAGCAGCUCAUGGCAGAGGUCCAGUCCAUCCUGGCCCCGCGCCGGGGGUUGCUGGGCCGCCUCUGGCUGCGCUUCACCCACCUCCUCUUCGGUUCCAGCCGUGGCAGCGCGGCCUAUGAUCCCUUGGUGCUUGACCUCCAGAAGGAGAGCUGGAGGUGCGAGUGGGGAACCCCAUCCCCAAGGACCCCAACUCGGUGA